AUGGCUGCCGCCGCGCCUGUCCCCCGCCCCUUGGAGCUCGACCCCAAGUACGAUGACUACGACUUCCCGACCACCGCCGCCGUCCCCCUGAGCGGACAUGCUGGCUACCUGACGGCGGAACAACAAGCUCAGGUCUCGCAGCUGCGUCUGAUGCUCGAGUCUGAGGGCUACACCAAGCGUCUCGACACGCUCACACUGCUCCGCUUCCUCCGUGCCCGCAAGUUCGAUGUCAACCUCUCCAAGCAAAUGUUCAUCGAGUGCGAGAAGUGGAGGCAAGAGACCAACCUCGACGACGUCGUCCCCAGCUGGGACUACCCCGAGAAGGAGGAGGUCUUCAAGUACUACCCCCAGUACUACCACAAGACCGACAAGGAUGGCCGGCCCGUCUACAUCGAGCAGCUCGGCAACAUUGAUCUCACAGCCAUGUACAAGAUCACCACGGCCGAGCGCAUGCUGACCAACCUCGCGGUCGAGUACGAGCGCGUCGCCGACCCCCGCCUCCCGGCCUGCUCCCGCAAGUCGGGCGUCCUCCUCGAGACGUGCUGCACCGUCAUGGAUCUCAAGGGCGUUGGCAUCUCCAAGGCGCCCCAGGUGUUCAACUAUGUCAAGCAGGCCAGCGUCCUGAGCCAAAACUACUACCCCGAACGCCUCGGUCGUCUGUAUCUGAUCAACGCUCCUUGGGGCUUCAGCACCGUCUGGGGGGUCGUGAAGGCGUGGCUUGAUCCGGUGACGGUGCAGAAGAUUCAUGUGUUGGGCAGCGGGUACCAGAAGGACUUGUUGGCGCAGGUUCCCGCCGAGAACCUGCCUAAGCAGUUUGGUGGUUCGUGCGAGUGUGCGGGCGGUUGCCAGUUUAGCGACAUGGGUCCUUGGCGCGAGGAGCAGUGGGCCAAGCCGGCCAAGUGGGAGAAGAAGGAGGGUGCUGCUGCUGCUUCUGCGGCGGAUGCCACUAUCCAGAAUGCUGGUGCGGAUGUGAAGGAGGGUGGUGCUGCUGCUGCCGGGCAGGGGAAUGCGGCUCUUCCGGUGGACGUCAAGGCUGAUGCUCCUGCUCCGGCGGCUGCGUAGGUGCAGUCAUUGAGGAAGGAGGACGAGGUGCUGCAUCGGUGUGGUUGCGCGGACAUGCGGUAGUGUUCUUGCCACUCGGUAAUGAAGACCGGCUUCUUUUUGCAUGGUAGUUACAUGUAGACAGUGGGCGUGUAGCGGGUGUUGGUAGUUUGCGAUUGUAUUCAGAUGGUACUUUACAUGUGACAGGCGUGGCGGGGUGGGAGGAGAUGAACAAGAAUCCCUAAGUUUAUCUCUUCACUUGAAUGGCAUAGUAAUGUUUUUUUCUUGGUUGAGAAAGUGUAGCAAUGGUGGGGGGUAUUAUUAUUUUCCGUAACGCCUCCUUUGUCCUCUGUCGCCUGACCUGGAUAUAUAUCAUCACUUGUUCUGUUUACCAACCACAUACCCCCCCGCCACCCUCGCCCUCUCCAUCUUGGCCACAACUGCGGGCAUGUCUCUCUUCAGCCUCCCCAGCGUCUCCACCGCCUUGGUGUACGUCCCCUCGACAACCUCCUGUCUAUCCAACUCGCCCAUUCCCUCGAGUGCCUUUUUCCCGCUUUCCAACCCUUCCUCCUUCGCCCGUUGCAGCACUGCCGAAAGCAUCUCCUCGUCUGUGGCUAUCUGGGCGUUUGUGGCGGUCAUGUAGGCGGAUGCGGUCGCGGCGGGGACGCGCCGCUUGAGCUGGGCGAUGGAGCGGAGGAGGUCUUCCUCUUGGGAGACGAGGGACUCGAUCCUGUCGCGCUUGCGGGGGUCGAAGGGUUCGUAGUGGUCGGUUUGGGGGUUGUGAUGGUCUUGCGGGUCGGGGGAGAAGAGGGUUUUGGGGAGGGGGGGGCCGAGAGGGAGCCGUUUAUUGAGAGGGAGGGGAGGGAGAGGGUGAAGAGGCGGGUUAUGUACUAGAGCGUAGCGAGCGUCAACGGGCGCAUCGUGGGAUGGGAUUGGGAGUGAGUGGGGAAGGGAAAGGGAAAAGGUGUUGGUGGGGAACGUACGUCGUUUACCAGCUUAUCAAUCUCGUUGCGCAACUCGUCUUCCUCUUGGGGGAUGGGGUUCCCUUCGUCGUCGAGGACGGGGGGGAAAGCGGCGUUGAUGCUAUCGGUCGCUGCUUUACGGACGUUGGUGAUGAG